AUGGAAUCGAAUCCCGAAACGAUCAAAAUCAUAUCACAAUGCCUCUGCCAGUCUCUCAAUCCGGAUCCUACCCACCGUAAGCUUGCCGAGGAACAGCUCGAAAUGGCCAAGCAACACCUGGGCUUCGGUAAUGUGCUCAUCGCAAUCACUCAAGACCCCAAAGCCGACCCAACUGCCAGACAAGCUGCUGCACUCGCUUUCAAAAAUUAUGUCAAAAAUCAUUGGGCUCCGGUGGAAGAAGGCGAAGAGACCCACAUUGCGACUGCCGAUCGCGAAAGCCUAAAAUCAAAGCUGGUCUCAGUUCUCAUCUCUCUCGCCAACUCUCCGAGCCUGCUGAUUCAAUACUCGGAAGCAAUCUCGAUCAUAGCAACAUCAGACUUCCCAGAACAAUGGCCGGACCUAAUCGAUAAGAUUGUCCAGAAUUUCAAUCAAAAUGACUGGAAUGCCAACAAUGCGCUCCUGAGCACUGCCCAUGCAAUCUUCAAAAGGUGGCGUGCUCAAUUCCGGACUGACAGUCUAUUCUUGGAAAUCAAACACGUUUUGGAACGCUUUUGUGAACCUUAUCUACAGCUUUUUAAUUUGCUCGACACAACACUAUUAAACGUAGCCCCGACCCUACCACGAUCUGAACAACAGAUACUUGCCAAAAGUCUUCUUUUGAUGAUCCAAAUCUAUUACGAUCUCAACUGCCAAGACAUCCCUGAAUUUUUCGAGGAUCACCUUCAAGAGUUCAUGAGCUUGCUCCACAAAUACUUAACCUGGGAAAUUCCGUACUUAGCCUCCGAGCGACAGCAAGAUGGCGAUGACGAAGAAGAGGGCGAAGCUGGCGACUUGGAGAAGAUCCGAGCCGGUAUAUGCGAAGUGGUAGAACUCUAUAGUCUAAGGUACCUCGACGUCUUUCCAAUGAUGGACGUGUUUGUCAAAACUUGCUGGGACAUGUUAACUAGAUUGGGCCGCCAACAGCGCUCAGACAUUCUUGUCAGUAAAGCGACGCGUUUUUUAUCGGUAGUGGUUAAAAUGCCAUCGCAAAAGGCCCUCUUUGAAAGCCCGGCAACCCUGGAAGCGAUUUGCGAGAAAAUCGUCCUGCCCAACAUGUUCUUGCGGAACUUCGAAGUCGAAAUGUUUGAGGAAGAUCCUGCCGAGUUCGUGCGCCGCGAUCUAGAAGGCUCCGAUAACGAUACUCGCAGACAGGCUGCUAUCGAAAUUACUCGAGCAUUACUCGAGCAAUUCCAGAAGGAAGUGACUGCGAUCAUUACUCGAUAUGUUCAAAACUAUUUACAGCAAUAUGCCACAGAUCCUGUUGGAAAUUGGCGUUUUAAAGAUGCUGCUGUUUCCCUUCUCGCAUCUGUAGCAUCCUGUAGUUCGACCACGUCCGGCGGAGUGACAAAUAUCAAUGCAUUAGUUGACGUCGUACAAUUUUUCUCUGAACACGUAGUCCAAGAUUUAUCAGUCAAGAAUGCAGCUCCACCACAUCCAAUCAUAGUUGCGGACGCUAUCAAAUUUUUGCACACGUUUCGUAACCAGCUGACCCGAGAGCAGCUGAUUUCGGUCCUACCACUUCUUGUGCCACAUUUGAACUCCGAAGUUUCUGUUAUCUAUACAUACGCUGCAAUCACAAUCGAGCGCAUUUUGUUUAUGAAGCGCAACAAUCAACUACUCUUCAGUUUGGCUGAUAUGAAAGACUUGGGACCUGAGUUAUUGAUGGGAUUAUUCGCCCAGAUACGGAAAGGAACCACACCCCAACAGAUAGCCCAAAAUGAGAUGUUAAUGAAAUGUGUGAUGCGAGUAAUUGUGACCGCCCAAAAAGCCCUCUCACCACAUUACGAAAGUAUUUUAUCAAAUCUCAUCACGAUCUUAACCGAAAUCAGCAAGAACCCAAGCAAUCCGAAAUUCAACCACUAUACGUUCGAAAGCAUCUCUGCGUUGAUACGAUUCAUAACGAUGGCGGAUUUGAGAACAUUGCCUAUCUUUGAGCAGGCCCUUUUCCCGAUAUUUUCGCAGAUUCUGACCCAAGACGUCCAAGAUUUUUCCCCAUUCGUCUUUCAGAUUCUUUCCCAGAUGCUCGAGUUCCAUACAAACCACUCGGAACCACUAUCAGACUAUUACAAUGAUCUACUACCUCCGCUUCUCACGCCGACUUUAUGGGAGCUCCGUGGGAAUGUCCCUGCUUUGGUUCGGCUGCUCAGGGCUUACCUCAGUGCCGGUGCUCCCCGGAUCGUUGCCGAAAACCGAAUCUCGGCUAUGCUUGGAGUCUUUCAAAAGUUAAUAGGCUCAAAGCUAAACGAUGUUUAUGGAUUCGAACUGUUGGAGGCUUUGUUUGAGCAUGUUCCUACCGAAGCGCUAUUGCCUUAUCUGCGAAACGUUUUUCUGCUGCUACUUACCCGGCUCCAACAAAGCAAGACCGACAAAUUCACAUCGGCUCUGCUGUAUACAAUCAUGUUCAUCGUAACGCUGGAAAAGCCUCAACUGACACCCGACCUCUUGAUCAAUACGAUCAAUGCAGUUCAACCUGGUCUAUUUUGUCAGGUCAUGGAGGGCGUCCUUUUGCCCGUGGUGGCUUCGACACCCCCCAAACAGCGCCGCGUGGUGGCUCUUGGACACAUCUCCUUGCUAACUCGAGCAAGAAGUCUGCAGUGCGAGGCCGAGUCUCGGCUGUAUCUACCGAUUCUCAUAUCCGUCUUGCGCCUAUUCACUUUACCGCAACUCAAACCGACGGAAGACAUGACCGGUGGAAACAGCGAACUGAACGUGACUGACUUGGAAGAACACGGUUACCAGGUAGGGUUCAGUAGGCUCGGAGCCAGCGAGCCGAUUGGAAAAAGGGAUCCCUUCGGUGCCAUGGUAGAUCCCCGUGACGCGCUAGCUAGCGGACUGGUUAAAGCUGGCGAAGCGCAACCAGGAAAAAUACCUGCGCUGAUCUCGCAGGUCCCUUCGGAAUUUGCAACGCCAUACCUUCAAUGGCUUGCAGCAGCCGGUUAUCAAAUCAAGUAA